AUGAGGUAUGAUAUAAUUUAAUAGUUCAAAGCAUAUUCUUUAUCCAUUAGGUUCUACUAUCAUAUUUAGACAUAUAAUUACAAAACAAUAAACAUAUUAGAUUUCUGUAAUAGCAAUUUCUCAAACUGGAGAUUAUGUUGCAUCUGGAUAGAAAACAUAAGUGGAAUUCUAAGCUAAUAUAAUAACUUUGGAUUUCAAAGAUAGAAGCAUGAUGCAUAGAUUGAAAUUAUACAAGGUGAUAAAUCAGUCUCUUAGUUUUUGA